GCAGCUGGCUCUGCAAAUGGCCGCUCGGAAGUGAACGGACACAUCCUGUUUGGAAGGCAGGCACUGCGCUCAAGGAAGGGUGCCUCACCGCUGCCGGCUCCAGAGACCGAGCUAUUGCACUCGCACGCAGCUCGCCCCCCGCCCGGAAGCCUCCCCUCCCGGCCCCCUCCUGCCGCCUUCCAGCCCGGGGCUUCCCCGGCGGGGCGGGCCGUGGCUCCGCGGGUCCCCAGGCUCCGCCGGGUGCAGCGCGUCACCGCUCCUCCGUGCUGCGCUCCUGCCCGAAAGGCCGCUCCCGCCCCGCGCCCGGUCCUGGGGGGCCGCACCCAGCACCUGCGGGAGGCGGCGCGGUCUCGGGGCGGCCGGGACCCCCGCGACCCCGGGCUCGGGGGACGAGGGCGGGGAGCCCCGGGGCGCAGCACCGCGCACAGCCGGGCACCGGCAGGGCGCAGCACCGCGCACAGCCGGGCGCCGGCAGGGCGCGCGGGGAGGCGGCCCGGGACCCCGCGGGGGAGGCGAGCGCCCCAGCCUCCGGCCGGCCGCCGCGGGUGCUCGGGGCUGGGCGGCGGGGGCGCCCCGGAGCCUCCCCUCCCCGGGGCCCGGCCGAGGCGUGCGGAGAAAGCAGAACCGAGCCGGGCCGCGGGGAAUCCCAGCGGACCCGCUUCUGGGAAGAGAAACUCGCGGGCGCGGCGGGCGCACCGGGGGCGGGGGCGCCAGGCUGCGGUUCCUCUCGGGAGCGCCGCGACUGGGCUCUCGGGGUCCGGGGCCGCCGGCCGGCUCCCCCCGGCUCGCGGGGGUCCGAAGCCCGGGCCACUGCCCCGCCGCGCCCCGCCGCUCAUCCGGUGCCGCAGCCCUGCCCCGCCCGGGAGGGAGGGGCCGCCCACGGCGCACGGGGGCCGGCGGGGCCGGCCCGGGACCCAGAGGCCGCCGCGCACUCGGUGCUGCAGCUCCGCGCCCCCCGCGCCUCCUCAACGGUCCCCGGCCCCCCCGCGGGCAUGCUGCGGCUCCUGGCGCUGCUGCUCUCGGUGCUGCCGCCGCCCGCGCGCGCCCGGGAGCCCUCGGCGCAGGACGUGAGCCUGGGAGUGGACUGGCUGACCCGCUAUGGCUAUCUGCCGCCACCCCACCCUGCCCAAGCCCAGCUGCAGAGCCCUGCAAAGCUGCAGGAUGCUAUCAAGGUCAUGCAGAGGUUUGCCGGGCUGCCUGAGACGGGUGUCCUGGACUCAGCAACGAUGGCCACCAUGCAGAAGCCCCGCUGCUCCCUGCCUGAUGUGCUGGGGGUGGCAGAGCUGGUCAGGCGCCGCCGCCGGUAUGCUCUGAGCGGCAGCAUGUGGAGGAGGCGAACCCUGACGUGGAGGGUACGCUCUUUUCCCCAGAGCUCAGCACUGACCCAGGAGACCGUGCGGACCCUCAUGCACCACGCCCUGACCACGUGGGGCGUUGAGUCAGGCCUCAAAUUCCAGGAGCUGGUUUCUCAGGCCCCAACGGAGCCCGACAUCCUCAUAGACUUUGUCCGGGCAUACCACCAGGACAGUUACCCCUUCGACGGGCAGGGAGGUACCCUAGCCCAUGCCUUCUUCCCCGGGGAACACCCCAUCUCUGGGGACACUCACUUUGAUGAUGAGGAGACCUGGACUUACGGGUCAAAAGAUGGUGAGGGGACUGACCUGUUUGCUGUGGCUGUUCAUGAGUUUGGCCACGCCCUGGGCCUGGGCCACUCCUCAGCACCCAACUCAAUCAUGAGGCCCUUUUACCAGGGCCCGGUGGGUGACCCCCACGAGUACCGCCUCUCCCAGGACGACCGCGAAGGCCUGCAGCAGCUCUAUGGGAAAGUGCCCCAGACCCCAUAUGAUAAGCCCACAAGGAAACCCCUGGCUCCUCCUCCCCCACCCCCCGCCCUGCCCCCGGACAGUCCCUCUCUUCCCAUCCCUGACCGGUGUGAUGGCAAUUUUGACGCUAUUGCUAACAUCCGUGGCGAAAUCUUCUUCUUCAAAGGGCCCUGGUUCUGGCGCCUGCAGCCCUCGGGGCAGCUGGUGUCCCCCCGGCCGGCGCGGCUGCACCGCUUCUGGGAGGGGCUGCCCGCGGCGGUGGACGUCGUGCAGGCCGCCUACGCCCGGCACCGCGACGGCCGCAUCCUCCUGUUCAGCGGCCCCCGGUUCUGGGUGUUCCGGGACCGGCAGCUGGAGGGCGCCCCGCGGCCGCUCACGGCGCUCGGGCUGCCGGCGGGGGAGGAGGUGGACGCCGUGUUCUCUUGGCCGCUGAACGGAAAGACCUACCUGAUCCGGGACCGGCGCUACUGGCGCUACGACGAGGCGGCGGCGCGCGCGGACCCCGGCUACCCCCGCGACCUGAGUCUUUGGGAAGGGGCGCCUCACGCCCCGGACGACGUCACCGUGAGCAACACAGGUGACACCUACUUCUUCAAGGGCGCCCACUACUGGCGCUUUCCCAAGGGCAGCGUCAAGGCCGAGCCCGACUCCCCGCAGCCCAUGGGCCCCAAGUGGCUGGACUGCCCGGCCGCCAGCGCCGACCCACGCGCCCCCAGGCCCCCCAGGGGGACCCUGGCCCCCGGGACCUGCGAUUGCCACUGCGAGAUCAAUCAGGCCUCAGGGCGGCCGUCGCUGUCCUUCGAGGUGUCCCUUCUGGCCCUGCUGCUGGGCGGCGUCGCCUCCGUUUGAGGGGGACCGGCUCCUCCGCGGGUCUGGGGGCGC